AAGAGGGGAGAGAUGAUGAAGCAGAGCUGAGAAGCAUCCGAGCUCAACGCUGACUCACUUUAGGAUCAAUCUGCUUCUAAGUUACAGUGGUGGUUCUGUCUGAAUGCAGCAGCCACUGUACUAAAGAGUUCACUUUAAGUAGUCGGCAACUAGUGACUGAGAAGGAUUAGAAGAGAAAUGGAUUCAGAAUCUGGAGAACUAAGUGAAGGAGAUAUGUCUUCAGUUGUUUGCCAUUUUCCCUUUAAGGAAGGGAGAUAUACGUCAAUCUUGUGAUAUACGUCAAUGUUGUGAUUUGAGUGGAUGAGAUGGCUUCCAUGGGAAAAGAUGGAAGAUAUAAGCUGCAGAAGUAGAGUUAGCACUUUGCUAGGUGUGUGAGGAUGGGAAGAAGGCUCUACAUGUAAGGUAUAUGUCCCGAUUGCUGACAGGUAAUUUGCAGCAGGAACUGAAACCUUUAAUUCCAAAAGCUUGGCCUUACAAGCUCAGAAGAAAAUCCUCACCAAAAUGGCCACCAAGGUGGUGGCCAAUAUGCUCAUUGACGACACAAGCAGCGACAUCUUGGACGAGCUGUACAAGGUAACCAGAGAGUACACAAACGACAAGAAGGAAGCCCACAAAGUCUUGAAGGACUUGAUCAAGAUUGCCUUGAAAAUCGGGAUCCUCUACAGGAACAAUCAGUUUAACAAGGACGAAGUGGAGAUUGUGGAUAAAUUCAAGAAGAAGCUAAACCAGGCUGCCAUGACGGCGGUGAGCUUUUAUGAGGUUGAGUUCACGUUUGACAGAAGCAUCCUGGCGGAGCUGCUGAAUGAAUGCAAGGACUUACUGCACGAACUGAUUGAGCGCCACCUCACCCCCAAAUCCCACAGCCGCAUCGAUCACGUGUUCAGACUCUUUGCAGAUGUGGAAUUUCUCUCUGAAUUGUACAAUCCCAAUGGCGUAUACAAAGAGUCGCUGCAGAAAAUCUGUCACGGCGUCAACAAGCUGCUCGAUGAAGGAAUCAUCUGAACUCUGCAACCCCCAAAAUUGGAAAGCAUUUGACUUGUUCAUCAUUUAAAUGGACCACUUCUGUUGUUUGUAUCUGGGUGCCACAGCAAAUCCUCUUGCCUGAGUGUUAUAUUCUAGAUGUUUGCAUUUAAAAACAAACCAGUUUGUGAUUAAAUAUGUUGUUUUGAAGAAAGAGUGAAUUAUCUGCUGUGCCAACAUGUGUUAACGAGCUUUUGUUAAAUGCUUUUCCACUUGCACAUAGUGAGAUGCUUUCAAUUCUGCUGCUCCAAUCUAUGGUAUAUUCCAGCCUAGUAACCCAGUUUAAAGUUGGAAAAUGUAUCAUGGAUUCUCAAAUCACCUAUAGAAUUCUGAAGACCCAAGAAUAAUUUAGGCCAAUAGGUAUCAUUAGCUGCUUUAAGAGAAUUUAGAUGUUUUACAGUACGGGACAUUGUGCCUGUGCUAGCCCUCCAAGUGCCAUCCACUUUGUCCCUAUUUUUCUAUCUAUUCUCCAUUUUCGGUUUCCUUUACUUGUUGCCUUUUAAAACCUAUUUUAGAUAGUGCUGCUGUUAAGAUGUUGUACUUAAAAAAAAAAUUAAAUUCACCUAUCUUACAGUCAGAGAUCAAGAAAUACACAUGUUUUGGUCUUUCUAAAAGUCCUGGUUUUCCACUAACACGGUUAAAAAAGCCAGAAUCCCAGAAUCUCAGAGACACGAUACAUGGGUCCAGAUUCUGCUUUCAGAAUUGUGAGCCUCAGUAAAUAAUUUGUAAGGUGGAGCUUUGUGUUUGAUCUUCAGCUCCAAGGAUGACAUACAAGGCAAGUUCUUAUGUGCACAGGUACUGUAGAUGUUGAAGCGUGAUUCUGUUAAAAUGGGAGAAAGCUUUGAGUAGAAUACAAAUAUAUCUCAGAAUAGCAACGCAGUGCCAGGAAGGAAAUAACCAACCUGCACUAUCACCUAAAACAACUUAUUGUGAGAACGUCACCAGACAUCAUUUCUCUCCUUUCUGCAUCCCUCUUUUUGGUAGAAUCCCUCAAGAUACCAGGGGUUACUAGAUUCAAAGUUCAAAGUACACUUAUUAUCAAAGUAUGUCUACGUUUUACAACCUUGAGAUUAGUCUCUUUGCAAAGAAAUCCAGAAGAACCCGUAUAAAAAAAGACCAACAAACACCCAAUGUGCAGAGAGUAAAAAAACAAAUCGUGCAAAGCAAUAAAAGAUUCAAUGAAGACAGAAUUCAAGGGCCUGUCCCAUGAAAUCAUUAUUCCUGCAGUGUAAUAGAAUCUAGAUUGUGAUCUUUCUUUUCCGCAAGUAAUGGAAGUGGUAAUCAAACCU